GAGAGUCGCUGCUUGUUGGUUUGGCGCCGGUGGAGGGAGUCAUUCCUGCAGCUGCACUUCCGGUCGGCAUUUUGUUCUGCGAGAGGGAGAGAGAGUCUGAGUGGACCCUUUUGAUCCCCGCGUCAGUCGUCAUAAUUUUCCAAAAUCGGGCGAAAUAUACAAACAUUUUCCUUUGGUGUCGGUGUAAAACCGGCGAAAAGACCGGACGAUCGAAUGUUCCCCCAGUUACACCCGUUCAAGCCUACAUGUUUGCAGUGAGACGGAAGAAGAACGAACCUCCCCGACCCGGAUUAUUGUUGUUAGCUAGCUAGCCAGCUAGCUAACCAGCUAUCUACAUUAUUUCUACGGAGGAGCUGUGAGAAAGAGAGGGGGAGCCAGAGAUACAGACCCGGACCGUUUACAAGAUUUUUUAUUUUCCUUUUUUAAACAAAAUAUCUUGAGCAUUAAGGAGAUGUGAAGGACGGUCGGACGGCGGCGACACUGAGCAACCUGUGCAUCGACACAACCUCCCGCCCCCACCUUCAGCAUGAAUGGGGAUAUGCCUCAUGUUCCCAUCACCACUCUCGCUGGGAUCGCUAGCCUCACCGACCUGUUAAACCAGCUGCCCCUGCCCUCCCCUCUCCCUGCCACCACCACUAAGAGCCUGCUGUACAAUGGGAGGAUCGCGGAGGAGGUCAACUGCCUGCUGGCCUGCCGGGACGAGACUCUGGUGUCCCAGCUGGCCCACAGCCUCAACCAGGUCUCCACCGAGCACAUAGAGCUGAAGGACAACCUGGGCAGCGAUGAGCCCGAGGGCGACGUUCCGGUGCUGCUGCAGACGGUGCUGUCCAGGAACCCCAACAUCUUCAGGGAGAAAAGUAUAAUGCAGCAACCAAUGAUGCCACAGUACAAAAUUACCCAGAAUUCCAUGCAUGGCAGUCCAGCAUCAACGAAUUACCAGCAAGCCACCAUCUCUCACAGCCCUUCCAGCCGCUUCGCCCCCCCGCAGACGAGUUCGGGCAACAGGUUCAUGCCCCAGCAGAACAGCCCGGUGCCCAGCCCCUACGCCCCACAGAGCCCGGCCGGGUACAUGCAGUACCCCCACCCGCCCAGCUACUCCCAGCACCAACAGAUCCAGCAAGUGUCCGUAGCGAGCCCCAUGGUGCCAGGCGGCAUGAGGAACAUCCACGAGAACAAGGUCUCCGGGCAGAUGUCCAGCAACUCAGCCAAUCACCACGCAGACAGACACGGCUCCAACGAAGAGUACAUGAACAUCGUUCACAGACUAGGAAGUGAGGAGAACGACCCAUCCAUGAGGAACGCCUCCUUCCCCCUGAGGUCCCCGCAGUCUGUCUGCUCCCCUGCCGGCAGCGACGGGACCCCCAAAGGGCCUCGCCCCCCGCUGAUCCUCCAGUCCCCGCCCCCUUACACCUCUCCCCGGGACGGGCCCCCAGACCUCCUCCUGGACUCCCCCGAACACAAGAAGAAGCAGAAGAAGAUGAAGCUGGGCAAGGACGAGAAGGACCCUACAGACAAGUCGGCCAUGUAUGACAUCGUGAGCUCGCCCUCCAAGGACUCCACCAAGCUGACGCUGCGCCUGUCCCGGGUCAAGUCCUCGGAGACGGACCCGUCGGGCGAGCUCCCGCCCGGCGCCGAGCCCGGCUCGGACCCGGAGCCCGGCGAGCUGGCCUACAACAGCCUGCAGUACCCCGGGGGCCAGCCGCCGCGCACGCCCCAGGACCACGGCCUGCGCCCCGGCCCCGCCCCGUGCCUGGCCCCCGGCGAGCAGGCGGGGUACCUGCAGCCCCAGCAGGUCCCCGUGCUCCAGAACACGGGCGCGGCCGCCAAGCAGCCGGGCCCGGGCGGCGCGCCCCUGUCGGCCGGCACCACGCCCUACGACGAGGUGGAGAUGGACGCGCUGGCCGAGAUCGAGAGGAUAGAGCGCGAGUCGGCCAUCGAGAGGGAGCGCUGCUCCAAGGAGGUGCAGGACAAAGACAAGCCACUGAAGAAGCGGAAGCAGGACUCGUACCCGCAGGAGCCGGGCGCGGGCGGGACGGCGGGGGCCAGCGGCGGGCCGGGCGGCGGGCCGGGGGGCGGCGGGAACGCGGGGAACCGGGCGGCGCCGCAGGAGGCCAGCGCGGCGGGAAACUGCGCCAGCCGCCCCGCGCUGAUGGUGAGCAUCGACCUGCAGCACGCGGGACGGGCCGAGGGCCCGCUGGACCCCUGCACGGCCGCGCCCAUGCCCGCCCUGGAGGCCCAGCGCUGGCCCGAGGAGCCGCGCGAGGGCCCGGCCGCCGAGGGCUCCGACUCCGCCGGCGUGCUGCGGCUCAAGCCCGACGAGGCGGCCCGCCGCCGGGCCGACGGCGAGGUGCAGCGGGCCGCCGACCGCCGCCCCGACGUCAUCAAGCAGCGGCCGGACACGCCCAAGAAGACCGCGCCCGACGCGCCCCGGCCCAAGGGCGCCGACGGGCACAAGCACGAGCACCGGCGCGACCCCUCGGGCAAGCCGCUGAGCGCCGAGCGGCGGGCCGACCCGUCCAAGCACCGGCACGACGGCAAGCCCGACCCCGGCAAGCCCCGCCCCGACGGGAGGGGCCAGGACGGCCGCCCCUCCUCCUCCUCCCGGCGGGACGGGCACGACGGGCACCGGGACGACCGGCACAGGAGCGCCGGCGCCGACCCGUCCCGCAUCCGGCGGCCCGAGACGCCCAAGUCCGGCCGGGGGGAGCACGACCCCCGACACGGGCGGGACCGGGACCGGGAGAGGAAGCACCGGUCCCCCGAGGAGCGCUCGCGCCCGGACAGCCCGCGGGUGAAGCAGGGCGGGCUGGACCCCAGCGGCCGGCCCCGCUCCGACCGGCCCGGCUUCAAGCCGCCCGGCGCCGACGGCGCCCGACACCGGCCCGAGGCCCACAAGCUCCCGGCGCCGGACGGGAAGCCCGGCGUCUUCCCCUCCUACCUCCUGGGGCACAAGACCGGGGCGCUGAAGGACUUUGUGAUCCCCAAGCUGAAGCGGGACAAGGACGCCAACGCGGCGGUGGACCUGCGCGCGCUGGAGGGCUGGAGCGAGCCGCGCGUGAAGCUGGAGCGCAUCGGCCUGGUGGAGGACCUCAACAAGGGCGCCAAGCCCGUGGUGGUGCUGCAGAAGCUGACGCUGGACGAGGUGCAGAAGUUCAUCAGGGACAAGGAGGACCGGAACGCGCGCAGCUCCAAGUCCGGCAAGAACAGGCUGUCCUCAGGGAAGAUGGGCAAAGGCGGGAUCGACCAGUCGGUGCUGAAGGAGCUGCCCCCGGAGCUGCUGGCCGAGAUCGAGUCCACCAUGCCCCUGUGCGAGCGCGUCAAGAUGAACAAGCGCAAGCGCAGCACGGUCAACGAGCGGCCCAAGUACGCCGAGGUCAGCUCCGACGAGGAGAGCGACACGGCUGAGUCUGCUCGGAAGCGGCACAAGAAGGACCGGGACAAGGCGUGGGAGUUUGAGGAGCGGGAGCGGCGGGGGUCCGGGGAGCACCGGAAGGGCGCGAUCGAGGGCCGCCGGGGGUCCGGCAGCCGGUACCGGGAGCGCAGUCCGGAGUACUCCGACGAGGAGUCGCCCCAGCCCAGCUUCACCGACAUUGCCAAGAAACUGCGGAAGAAGGAGAAGCAGAAGAGGAGGAAAGCGUACGAGCCGAAGCUCACGCCUGAAGAAAUGAUGGACUCCUCAACAUUCAAGCGGUUCUCCGCCAGUGUGGACAACAUCCUGGAGAACUUGGAAGACAUGGACUUCACUGCCUUGGCAGACGACGACGAGAUCCCUCAGGAGCUGUUGCUGGGGAAACACCAGCUGAAUGAGCUGGGCAGCGAGUCGGCCAAGAUCAAGGCCAUGGGCAUCACCUGCAGGCUUCCAUCCGACAAGCUGGUGAAGGUGCUGAACAUCCUGGAGAAGAACAUUCAGGACGGCUCCAAGCUGUCCACCCUCAUGAACCAUGACAACGACACGGAGGACGAGGAGCGGCUUUGGCGGGACCUGAUCAUGGAGCGGGUGACCAAGUCGGCAGACGCCUGCCUGACGGCGCUGAACAUGAUGACGUCGGUGCACAUGCCCAAGGCCGUGUACAUCGAGGACGUGAUCGAGAGGGUGCUGCAGUACACCAAGUUCCACCUGCAGAACACCCUGUACCCGCAGUACGACCCCGUCUACCGGGUGGACCCCCACGGAGGUGGCGUACUGAGCUCCAAGGCGAAGCGAGCCAAGUGCUCCACCCACAAGCAGCGGGUCAUCAUCAUGCUGUACAACAAGGUGUGCGACAUCGUCAGCAACAUCUCCGAGCUGCUGGAGAUCCAGCUGCUGACGGACACUACUAUCCUCCAGGUAUCCUCCAUGGGCAUCACGCCCUUCUUCGUGGAGAACGUCAGCGAGCUGCAGCUGUGCGGCAUCAAGCUGGUGACCGCGGUGUUCUCACGGUACGAGAAGCACAGGCAGCUGAUCCUGGAAGAGAUCUUCACCUCUCUGGCCCGGCUGCCUACCAGCAAACGCAGCCUCAGGAACUUCAGGCUGAACAGCACUGAUGUGGACGGCGAGCCCAUGUACAUUCAGAUGGUGACCGCCCUGGUGCUGCAGCUCAUCCAGUGCGUGGUGCACCUGCCCUCGGACAAGGACUGCUCUGAGGACCAGUACGACAACAAGAUUGAUCAUGACGUCCUGAUCACAAACUCCUACGAGACGGCAAUGAGGACCGCUCAGAACUUCCUGUCCGUGUUUCUCAAGAAGUGCGGCAGCAAGCAGGGCGAGGAAGACUACCGGCCGCUCUUCGAGAACUUCGUGCAGGACCUGCUGUCCACGGUCAACAAGCCUGAGUGGCCGGCAGCCGAGCUGCUGCUCAGCCUGCUGGGAAGACUGCUGGUGCACCAGUUCAGUAACAAGCAGACGGAGAUGGCGCUGAGGGUGGCCUCCCUGGACUACCUGGGCACCGUGGCGGCCCGACUCCGCAAAGACGCCGUCACCAGCAAGAUGGACCAGCGCUCCAUCGACCGCAUUCUCAAGGAUAACCCGGGCAGCGACGAGACACAGCAGCUGCAGAAGACCCUGCUGGACUACAUGGAGGAGAACGCCGAGACCGACCCCUCGCUCGUCUUUGCGCGGAAGUUCUACAUCGCGCAGUGGUUCCGGGACACCACCACGGAGACGGAGAAGGCCAUGAAGUCUCAGAACCAGAAGGACGAGGACUCGUCGGACGGGCCGCACCACGCCAAGGACCUGGAGUCCACCGGCGAGAUCAUGCAGAAGGCCGAGGCCCGGAAGAAGUUCCUGCGCUCCAUCAUCAAGAGCACGCCCGCGCAGUUCAGCACCCUCAGAAUGAACAACGACACGGUGGACUACGAGGACUCCUGCCUGAUCGUCCGCUAUCUGGCCUCUAUGAGGCCUUUCGCACAGAGCUUUGAUAUUUAUUUAACGCAGAUCCUGAGGGUGCUGGGGGAGAGUGCCAUCGCUGUCAGGACUAAAGCCAUGAAGUGUCUCUCUGAGGUGGUGGCUGUGGACCCCAGCAUCCUGGCCCGGUCGGACAUGCAGCGCGGGGUGCACGGGCGCCUGAUGGAUAACUCCACCAGCGUGCGGGAGGCCGCCGUGGAGCUGCUGGGCCGCUUCGUGCUGAGCAGACCCCAGCUGACCGAGCAGUACUACGACAUGCUCAUCGAGAGGAUCCUGGACACGGGCAUCAGCGUGAGGAAGAGGGUGAUAAAGAUCCUGAGAGACAUCUGCCUGGAGCAGCCCACCUUCCCCAAGAUCACCGAGAUGUGCGUCAAGAUGAUCCGCCGCGUCAACGAUGAGGAAGGCAUCAAGAAACUGGUGAACGAAACAUUCCAGAAGCUGUGGUUCACCCCCACCCCCAAUAACGACAAGGAGGCCAUGACCCGCAAGAUCCUCAACAUCACGGACGUGGUGUCUGCCUGCCGAGAUACCGGUUAUGAUUGGUUCGAACAACUGCUUCAAAAUCUGCUGAAGUCGGAGGAGGACGCCUCCUACAAACCGGCCAAGAAAGCCUGCGUGCAGCUCGUGGACAAUCUGGUGGAGCACAUCCUCAAAUACGAAGAGUCUCUCGCGGACACUGAGCACAAGGCUGUGAACUCCACCCGCCUGGUGGCCUGCAUCACCACCCUGUACCUGUUCAGCAAGAUCCGCGCCCAGCUAAUGGUGAAGCACGCCAUGACCAUGCAGCCCUACCUGACCACCAAGUGCAACACCCAGAGUGACUUCAUGGUGAUCUGCAACGUGGCGAAGAUCCUGGAGCUGGUGGUGCCCCUGAUGGAGCACCCGAGCGAGACCUUCCUGACCACCAUAGAGGAAGACCUGAUGAAGCUCAUCAUCAAAUACGGCAUGACGGUUGUGCAGCACUGUGUGAGCUGCCUCGGGGCAGUGGUCAAUAAGGUCACUCACAACUACAAGUUUGUUUGGGCCUGCUUCAACCGCUACUACGGCGCGCUGACCAAGCUGAAGGUGCAGCACCAGGAGGACCCGAACAGCACGGUGCUGGCCGCCAACAAGCCGGCGCUGCUGCGCUCGCUGUUCACCGUCGGCGCGCUCUGCCGCCACUUCGACUUCGACCUGGAGGAGUUUAAGGGCAGCAACAAGGUAACAGCGUCGAACCCGGUUAUUAUCAAAGACAAGGUUCUGGAGCUGCUGCUGUACUUCACCCGGCACGAGGAUGAGGAGGUGAAGACGAAGGCCAUCAUCGGCUUAGGCUUCCUGUUCAUCCAGUACCCGAGCCUGAUGUUCGUCCAGGACGUGAAGGGGCUGUACAACGGCAUCCUGUCGGACCGACGCAGCUCCGUCAACCUGAAGAUCCAGGUGCUGAAGAACCUGCAGACCUACCUGCAGGAGGAGGACUCGCGCAUGCAGGAGGCCGACCGGGAGUGGAAGAAGCUGUCGAAGCAGGAGGACCUGAAGGAGAUGGGGGACAUCUCAUCGGGCAUGAGCAGCUCCAUCAUGCAGCUGUACCUGAAGCAGGUGCUGGAGGCCUUCUUCCACACCCAGUCCAACGUGCGCCACUUCGCCCUCAACGUCAUCGCCCUGACGCUCAACCAGGGGCUCAUCCACCCCGUGCAGUGCGUGCCAUACCUGAUCGCCAUGGGAACGGAUCCAGAGCCCAGCAUGAGGAACAAAGCCGACCAGCAGCUGGUGGAAAUCGACAAGAAGUACACCGGCUUCAUUCAUAUGAAGGCCGUGGCCGGGAUGAAGAUGUCCUACCAGGUGCAGCAGGCCAUCUGGGCCUCGCAGGACGCCAUCAUCCGCGGCUUCCGUCAGGACGAGACGCACACGGCGCUCUGCUCGCACCUCUUCACCAUGGUGCGGGGGAACCGGCAGCACCGCCGCGCCUUCCUCAUCGCGCUGCUCAACCUGUUCGACGACAGUGCCAAGACGGAGGUGAACAUGCUGCUGUACAUCGCAGACAACCUGGCCUGCUUCCCCUUCCAGACGCAGGAGGAGCCGCUCUUCAUCAUGCAUCACAUCGACAUCACGCUGUCCGUGUCCGGCAGCAACCUGCUGCAGUCCUUCAAGGAGUCCCUGCUGAAGACCCCCAGGCAGCGGGAGAAGAAGGUUCGGGAGAGGAGGUACGAAUCUGAGGAGGAGGAGAAGGACGAGGGGGCGAGCAGCAGGGGCAGCAGCGAGGAGGAGGAUGACGAAGAGGUGGUGCGGCGCCGUAAGAAGCCCAAAAGGGCGGCGGUGGCGGUCAGCUCCUCGGAGUCCGACUCGGACCUGGAGGUGGAGGACGUGGAGAAGGUGAUGCUGCGUCUCCCGGACAACCACACCCCCCUGCUGGACUUCGCCAACGCCUCCCAGGGCAUCCUCCUCCUGCUGGUGCUCAAACAGCACCUGAAGAACCUCUACGGCUUCUCCGACAGUAAAAUACAGAAAUACUCUCCGACGGAAUCGGCCAAGGUGUACGACAAGGCGGUCAACAGGAAGGGCAACGUGCACUUCAACCCGCGGCAGACGAUAGACUUCCUGUCCAACGACGUGGCCAACGUGGCCCUCACCUACGAGAUCAAGAGGAAGAUCGUCAAGCAGUACCUGGACUUCAAGCUACUGAUGGAGCACUUGGACCCCGAUGAGGAGGAUGAGGAAGGGGAGGCGUCGGCCAGCGCCAACGCCCGAAACAAAGCCAUCUCCAACCUGCUGGGGGGCUCCAGCCCCAAGAACCACGCCCCCGACACGGAGGACGACGAGAGCGACGGCGACGAGAAAACGCCGGGGUCUUCGCGGCGGGCCCGGAGGGGCGGGGACUCGGCCGAGGCGUCGGGUCACAUGAACGAGGCGGUGGAGGCCAUGGACGUGAUCGCCAUCUGCUGCCCCAAGUACAAGGACCGGCCGCAGAUCGCCCGCGUGAUCCAGAAGACCAGCAGCGGCUACAGCGUGCACUGGAUGGCCGGGUCCUACUCCGGCACCUGGGCCGAGGCCAAGAAGCGCGACGGGCGCAAACUGGUGCCUUGGGUGGACACGAUCAAGGAGUCGGACAUCAUUUACAAGAAAAUCGCCUUGACCAGUGGCCACAAGCUGACCAACAAAGUGGUGCAGACUUUACGAUCGCUGUACGCAGCCAAGGACGGAACUUCCAGCUAAUGAACUCUGCAGUUUCUCCCGUUCAGCCCCCCCUCCCCUACCCCCCCUCCCCCCCCCACAGCCAAACUUCACUGGGAUCCAACCUUUUUUAAAAAUAAAAAUACAAAACCAACGCGGGCAAAGAGGCGAGUUAUUGAGACACUACAAGAACCCUAAAAUGCAGCAUUCUGGCGUCAGAGCGAGAGCGAGCGAGAGAGAGCGAGCGGUUUGUGGAUAUCGGGCGGGCGUACAGAUCCAGGACACAUUUGAGCAACUCUGAAGAGCAAAGAGGAAGAGUGGCGUAAAGGAGAACACAGAAAGCAGAAGGAAAUGUUUGGAAAACAUUGUGUGGGAGUCCCUUCGCUGUUGUGCAGCAGAACCCUGGCGCUUUCGUUUCUACUCCCACUGUAUCAUAGUUUAACACAAAAAAACUAAAAUGUUUAUAUCUCGGAGAAAAAAAGAAAAAAGAAAAAAAAUUCUGUUUAAAAAAAAAAAAAUAAAACUUAAAAGUGAAUGUUGGAAAUUAGUCUGUUGAUGUUCUUAAUAAAGUGUUCUUGGAGUUUAACCUAGCACCGGAUGGCUUUCUUUAGCUUAGCUCAUUUUUCCUGGGACGCGAUUUUUAUUUUUGUUUACUUUUGUUUGUCCAUGCUGUACAAUGGCAGAGUCUCCUGGAUAUAAUUUAUUCUGUUUUAAAGGAAGCAUGCAGUAUCUGUGGCCUACAUGCAGGAGGGUUUUUUUUUGUAAAUGUAGAUUUUGAUGUAUUAGGUCACCCCACGAAUAAGAGCAAAGGGAUCCCCCACGUCUCUGGCGGAACAAAUACUGCAAUAAAUUUUCUACUUCUCUUUGUUA